AUGCUGCUGGAGAGGAAAAACAGGUCUCCCUCACCCGCCGCCCCCAGCCAGCCCGCUUUCCUCCUCCGGGGCUCCUUCCCCCAUCAGAGCUCACGGCCGCAGCUAUUAGCCACGCCACAGGACCAGGAAGAACCUCUUUGUGGAGGUUUGAGGGAAAACUUCUGCCCGGAGAAGGGGCAGCGGUGGGAUGAAGGUCCCCGCUGGCCAUUUGCUGCUCUGGUGGUGGGGGACGCCAGCCCAGGGGAGGCCUGGAUCAGAAAGGAAGCCAUGUGCUGGGCGCCUGAGCCCCGGCGCCCCCGCGGCCGUCAGCUGCAUGUGACAGCUCCUGCCCUGACCAGAGGUGCCCCAGCUGCGGAGGGAGGCGGGGACACAGCUGCUCCCACUGGCCGUGUACUCCUCAGGGCCCUCCGGGACCCACAAGCCCAGCCCAGGGAGCAGAGUGUCAGGGUCCUGGGCCACAUGUCCAGCCGACAUCGAGUUUCUAGUCUCCCUCACAGCUUCGUGUUGUCAAUGAGAUGCAAGUUCCAAGCUGGAAGGCACCUGCGGGCCCAGUGGCAGCCCCUGGGCUCGGUUCCGACAAGACAAGAACAGAUGGAGCUCCGGUUCCGGAAGGGCAAUGAGUUGAUGAAGAUCCGUAUCUCCGGGGGCACAACUAAAUACUUCUUGGGUAGAUGA